UUGCAUUUUUAACACUUUUUUAUAAACUAGCUUUCCACUAAUAGAAAAUCUUAAACAAAAAUGGGUUGUCCUAUGGGUUUUGGUGAAUUAAAUAUACCCUCUUCUAGGGCAUUUUGGGAUGAUUGCGAUGAAGACGAAUGCCCACAAAAAUCCAUUGAAAAACUCAUGUUUAAAUAUGAAACCACCGAGGAAAAGCUAAAACAAUUUGCCUCCAAAACUAAACUCAUGUUUGUAAUCGAAGGUACGGCUAUAGCUGAAUUUGCAGAAGCUUCUCUAUUGAAGAAUGCCAAAAAAUUGGCAGAAAUACCCAGCAAGAAAUCAUCAUUACACUAUGUGGCCAACAAGGAGAUGCUAGUGGCCAUAGUGGAGGAAGAUCUAACGAACAGUGGUGAAAUAUGUGAACUUUUAGUAAAUCUUGGCAAACCUGAAGAAGUCAUUACGUUGACUGUUAAACCAAAAGUGGACUUUAAAAGUGAAAAUAUUGCAGCCAUUAGAGAUGAAAUAACAUUUUUAAGAGCCAUAGACGGACAAUUGAAUAAUGUGGAUGCUUUAGAGGCUCCCAAUUUUAUAGCUGGAGUGGCAGCGGGAAUUUGUUCUUGGCGUUCAAAUGAGGGUCUAAAGGUCCAGUCGUAUGUGGCAUAUACCGAUAACAUUGCCUUGGACUCUGUAGCAGCUAAACCAAUUGUUAAACUUUUACAUGACUUGAAUAUAGAGUGUUCAGAUACCUAUAAUCCAAAAACACGAGAUGAUUCACAUUUGUAUAUGUGAAAAAUUUUAAACAUUGGAAAUGUAAACGGACAAACGCUUUAAAGUUUUAGGGUUUAGGGAUAAUUUUUGAAAAAUUGUAACUAUUUUUUUUUUAAAUAUAAAAAAUAAAUCUUGGUAAUUUUUUUAAA